AGAUGUUUCUCCGCCCAACUCGACCGCUAAUACUAUAUUCCCUUCUCUUCCUCGUUUCUCCAUCACUCUCUUCUUCCUGAUUUCUUCCUCUUUUUUUUCUGUAUUUCUGGGCGAAUUUUAUUUACCUGUUGAUUUGAAGUUCCUCUUUACGCUCAGCGACAUCUGUGGGUGGAUCGAUCAUGGCGAACACAAUUGCUCCCGGGCAGAUGAUUUUCCAGGACGAGAAUGCAUUAGCUGCCCGCGGAAAAAAGGUGGUUGCUGCGGGGAAAGGUAAGAGUUCGCUAGCAGCUCCAAAGAAGUAUGGGGCGGGUUUCGGAAGCCGCAAGGCUCUCCAUGAUAUCACAAACAAGUCAAAAUUGCAACCUCAAGCUUCUUCCAAGACGAAGAAGAAUGUUGAGGGAGUAGACUUUGACGUAGCAAAGGAAGGUUUCUUGCAUGACCACAGCAAAUGCAUUGAAGCACAACAACAAAGCCAGUGGGACAGCUACUUUUCUGAACACAUCAUCCUUCAUGGACAUGAUACCAACAUUAAGGAAGGGAUUCCUGAAUACAAUAUUAAAGAGAUGGAUGAUGAUUAUAGCCAGACUUGGGAUGAACUCAAAGAAUUACCAAUGGAGGAGUUUCGCGAUUUGCUGAAAUGCUCAACUCAAUGGCGCUCACCACCAGACUCGCCUAUCCAUUACCAUUCUUCAUUACCUACAUCACCUUUGCCAUGGCGUUCUGAAUCCGUAGAAUUCAAGCUCAAGGAAGAUGAAGACACCACCUGAGUUCCAGUUUUACUUGGCUUUGAUUUUGGUUACAACAAUAUCAGUAACUUUUUUAGUUUCCAAUGUUAUGAUGUAUAAACAAAUCUGCUUGAAAACCAAUUACUCAGCAUUGUUUCUAAGGAGUAAAAACACUGUAUGUUUAUAGGAUU